UUCAAAACCCCGCAAACUCCCCAAACAAAACCCAACCCUCUUCAUUUUCAAUUUUUGAAAAAAAAAAAGAAAAUUUAGAGACCGAAACAAAAUCGUAGACCAAACCCUAAAUCGACAUCCCACCUCGAAAUCAAACAAAUCCAACCCACCACCGAGAAAAAGGAGCGGAAAAGCUUCGUGCUUUUGCUUGCAUUGUUUCCAUCCAACCCAACCGCCGCCGACACCAACCCCCCAACCUCCGCCCUUCAUUAAAAUGGCCGAUUCUAGGGUUAGGGUUUUGAGAGAGGAGAGGAAACAUGAUGGAAUCUGGGGUCCCCCUCUGCAGCUCCUGCGGCGAGGCCGUGGGCCUCUCGUCGCCGUCGUCGAAAGGGGCGUUCGUUGCUUGCCAUGGCUGCAACUAUCCUCUCUGCAGGCAGUGCCUCAAUGAGGAGCUCAACGAGGGGAAAUUGGAUUGCGUGAGGUGUGGAGAGCCUUACAUUCGUGAGAAAGUGAGUGCCAAUCCUGAGGGAUCAGGUGGAAGAUUGACAAUGGCAGCUCAUCUUCAUGAGGAUAAUGCACUUCAUGCUAGAAACUUGAGCAGUCUCUCUGCAGUUGAUAGUGAGCUAAAUGAUGAGUCUGGGAACCCAAUAUGGAAGAAUAGAGUGGAGAGCUGGAAGGAGAAGAAGGAAAAGAAGAAUGCUAAGAAGAAGGAUAGAAAAGAAUCUCAAAUUCCACAGGAACAGCAGAUGGAAGGCGACGUGAACACAGCAGCUGGACAGCCACUUUCAGAAAUAGUUCCAAUUUCUCGUAAUAAGCUUACAUCUUAUAGGGCGGUGAUCAUAUUGAGAUUGAUAAUUCUCGGGCUUUUCUUCCAUUAUAGGAUUACUCAUCCUGUUGAAAGUGCUUAUGGUUUAUGGUUAACAUCAAUCAUAUGUGAGAUAUGGUUUGCAGUCUCAUGGGUGCUUGACCAAUUUCCCAAGUGGUCUCCUAUUAAUAGAAGGACAUACAUUGAUGUUCUAUCUGCAAGGUACGAAAAAGAAGGUGAAUAUUGUGACCUUUCUGCUGUGGACUUCUUUGUUAGUACUGUGGAUCCAUUAAAGGAGCCGCCAUUGAUUACUGCAAAUACUGUUCUCUCAAUACUUGCUGUGGAUUAUCCUGUUGAGAAAGUUUCUUGCUAUGUAUCUGAUGAUGGUUCUUCUAUGCUUAGUUUUGAGUCCCUUGCGGAGACUGCAGAAUUCGCGAGAAAAUGGGUUCCCUUUUGUAAAAAAUAUGCAAUUGAGCCAAGGGCCCCUGAAUUCUAUUUUUCUCAGAAGAUUGACUACUUGAAAGAUAAAGUACAACCAUCCUUUGUUAAGGAGCGCAGGUCAAUGAAAAGAGAUUACGAAGAAUACAAGGUGAGGGUAAAUGCUUUAGUUGCAAAGGCUCAGAAGACACCAGAGGAAGGAUGGGUCAUGCAAGAUGGAACACCUUGGCCGGGGAAUAAUCCACGCAACCAUCCUGGCAUGAUUCAGGUUUUUCUUGGAAAUAGUGGUGCUCAUGACAUCGAAGGAAAUGAGCUUCCCCGGCUAGUUUAUGUUUCAAGAGAAAAGAGACCAGGAUACCAACACCAUAAAAAAGCUGGUGCCAUGAAUGCUCUGGUUCGUGUGUCUGCAAUUCUUACAAAUGCCCCAUAUAUUCUGAACCUUGAUUGUGAUCAUUAUGUUAAUAAUAGUAAAGCAAUUCGUGAAGCAAUGUGUUUCAUGAUGGAUCCACAAGUUGGUAGAGAUGUCUGUUACAUUCAAUUUCCUCAGAGAUUUGAUGGUAUAGAUCGUAGCGAUCGAUAUGCCAACCGGAAUAUUGUCUUCUUUGAUGUUAACAUGAAAGGACUAGAUGGCAUACAAGGGCCUGUCUAUGUUGGAACUGGUUGUGUCUUUAAUAGGCAAGCACUCUAUGGGUAUGGACCACCAUCUUUACCAAGCUUGCCCAAGAGUUCAUUUUGCUCAUGGUGUUGUAGCUGCUGCUGUUGUUGUCGCUCCAAAAAAGCAGCAGAAGAUGAGGUUGAGGUUUAUAAGGAUUCUAAACGGGAAGAUCUCAAUGCUGCCAUAUUUAAUCUCAAAGAAAUCGACAAUUAUGAUGAAUAUGAGAGGUCAUUGUUGAUCUCCCAAAUGAGUUUUGAGAAGUCUUUUGGGCUGUCUUCGGUGUUCAUUGAAUCCACUUUAAUGGAGAAUGGAGGAGUACCUGACUCUGCGAACCCAUCAACACUGAUAAGAGAAGCAAUCCAUGUUAUUAGUUGUGGAUACGAGGAGAAAACUGAGUGGGGAAAGGAGAUUGGUUGGAUAUAUGGUUCAGUCACAGAAGACAUCUUAACGGGAUUUAAGAUGCACUGCCGUGGAUGGAGAUCAAUUUACUGCAUGCCCUUGAGGCCAUGUUUCAAAGGAUCUGCACCCAUCAACCUUUCAGAUCGGUUGCAUCAGGUCCUUCGAUGGGCUCUUGGUUCUGUCGAGAUUUUUCUCAGCCGACAUUGUCCGCUGUGGUAUGGAUUUGGUGGUGGUCGUCUAAAAUGGCUGCAAAGAUUGGCGUAUACAAACACCAUUUUGUAUCCCUUCACAUCUCUCCCUCUUAUAGCUUAUUGUUCACUCCCCGCUAUCUGUCUUCUCACCGGAAAGUUUAUUAUUCCAACUCUUUCCAAUGUUGCAAGCAUGUUGUUUCUUGGCCUCUUCAUCUCCAUCAUCGUGACGAGCGUUCUUGAGCUUCGAUGGAGUGGCAUCGGCAUCGAAGACUGGUGGAGGAACGAGCAGUUCUGGGUGAUUGGUGGCGUCUCUGCUCAUCUCUUUGCAGUGUUCCAAGGAUUCCUCAAAAUGCUGGCUGGACUCGACACCAACUUCACUGUAACAGCAAAAGCAUCCGAUGAUGCGGAGUUUGGUGAGCUCUAUGUGAUCAAAUGGACAACACUUCUGAUUCCCCCGACAACCCUUCUUGUUCUAAAUCUAGUUGGUGUUGUUGCGGGCUUCUCUGAUGCAUUAAACAGUGGUUAUGAAGCUUGGGGGCCUUUGUUUGGAAAAGUUUUCUUCGCACUUUGGGUGAUCCUUCAUCUUUAUCCUUUCCUCAAGGGUUUAAUGGGGAGGCAGAAUCGGACGCCCACGAUCGUUAUCUUGUGGUCCGUUCUGCUUGCGUCGGUGUUUUCGCUUAUUUGGGUGAAGAUUGAUCCUUUCUUGAGCAACACAGAUAGUACCAUUGCAUCACAGAGCUGCAGUUCUAUUGAUUGUUGAGGGGUUGUAAGAGAUGAUUUUUGUAUGUUUGCUUGUUCAUUGUGAUUGAUUAUGGCCUUUUGUUGUGAUGUUUUUAUCCAUGAGGAUAUUUGAUUCCUCUAUUGAGGCCAAUCUAAAGUUUUUUUUUAUAAUGCGGUAGUCUUUUAAUGAAGAUCAAGGUCUCUUUAGAAUUUGAA